UCAGCGGUCCCGCCUCCAGUUCUUGGGAGUAUAUAAAGCACGCGUGACUAGGAGGUUGUUUCCAGUCGUUUACAGGAUUCAGUGACAGAAGCAUCUAUUGUGUGUUCUAUGAAACUUUGACAGACGACGUCCAACAUGGCUCAGCUAACCAAUAAGACGGUAUUAGACAGGUAUCUAAGGCUCGAAAUCCCUGACCAGAAAUGCCAGGCUAUGUACGUGUGGGUGGACGGCAGCGGAGAGAACUUGCGCUCCAAGACACGUACCCUUAACUUCAUUCCAAAGGCUCCUGAAGAGCUCCCGAUCUGGAACUUCGACGGGUCGUCCACGGGCCAGGCCGAGGGCAGCAACAGCGACGUGUACCUGCACCCGGUGGCGCUCUACCGGGACCCCUUCAGACUGGGCAACAACAAGCUGGUGCUCUGCGAGACCUACAAGUACAACAAGAAGCCCACUGACACUAACCACCGGUACAGGUGUACGGAGGUGAUGACUAGGGCCGCCAGCCAACACCCCUGGUUCGGCAUGGAGCAGGAAUACACACUCCUCGAUGUUGAUAAGCAUCCUCUGGGUUGGCCCAAGAACGGCUACCCGGGGCCUCAGGGACCCUACUACUGCGGCGUCGGGGCCAGCAAGGUUUAUGGGCGCGACGUGGUGGAGGCCCACUACAGAGCCUGCCUCUACACGGGCAUCAACAUCUCAGGAACCAACGCGGAGGUCAUGCCCGCCCAGUGGGAGUUCCAGGUGGGACCUUGUGAAGGCAUCAACAUGGGUGACGACCUCUGGAUGGCGAGGUACCUCCUGCACAGAGUCGCCGAGGACUUCGGUAUCGUUGUCACCCUCGACCCGAAGCCCAUCCCCGGUGACUGGAACGGCGCCGGCAUGCACACCAACUUCUCCACGGCGGCCAUGCGAGCACCAAACGGCAUCACGGCCAUUGAGACGGCCAUCGAGAAGCUCGGCAAGGUCCACUCGGAGCACAUCAGGGCCUACGACCCCCACGGAGGCAAGGACAACGAGCGCCGCCUCACGGGCCUCCACGAGACGUCGUCCAUCCACGACUUCUCCGCCGGCGUGGCCAACAGGGGCGCCUCCAUCCGCAUCCCCAGGGGCGUGGCCGAGGAGAAGACGGGCUACCUGGAGGACCGCCGCCCCUCGUCCAACGCCGACCCCUACGUCGUGUCCGAGAGGCUCGUCCGCACCAUCUGCCUCGACGAG